AUGAGUACGAUUGAGGAAUUUGAGCAGCAUGCAUCCAUCAAACCACCACUUAGUAAGGCUCUGGGCGGUCAGCGACUGUAUAGCCCUGACGCUACCAUAUUGUUGGUAGGAUUUUUUGGAGCUGGAAAAAAAACUCUGGGUAUAAUAGCUUCGGUGGCCUUACGAAGGCGAUUUAUUGAUUUUGCUGCCUUUUUCCAACAAGAGAUCCAUUUAUCGCCCCAAGACUUCAUUAGUCGCCAUGGGCUAGCACGAUAUCGCGAGGUCGAAUUAGACCUAUCCCGCGACCUUCUUCAAAGAUGCAGCAAAGAUUCUAUAAUUGUUGGCUUGGGUGGAAGUGCUAGUCGCUCACAGAAUAUCCUAUUAGCCGAAUUUGCCAAGCAGCAUCCGGUUAUCUACGUCAGAAGAAGCGAGUCGGACCUUCAGCAGUUUGUCUCGACAACACCAGACAAAUUUGAACGAAUGUUUGAAGCUGGGAAUUUAUUUUUCGAGUCUUGCUCUAACUUUGAUUUCUUCAACCACACCCAAGGGCAGCAACCACCAGCAGAUCGGGCAGUUCCGAUGUAUUUGAAGCUAAAGGAAACAGAGCGCGUGUUUGUGACGUUUCUUUAUCGCAUCUAUGGCCAAAUUCAUCGUCCAGUCUUUAAAGUUGAUCCAUUCUCUGCAUCAUAUACAUAUGCUUUACAAGUUCCUCUUACCUGGUUAGAUGAGCCACAGCAAGACGUGGAAUCGUUAGAGACCGGCGCUGAUGCCAUCACUUUAGUGAUCAGCCCUGCUGAUCUCAACUCAAACAAACUAUUUUCUCGAAUUGUACAGCAUGUUGCGACUUUGAGAAUCCAUUCUCACGCGCCAAUAAUCAUUGAUGUGGCAGCAUCACCUUUCGCGCGAACAACUUCCAACGAUUACCCUAAACUAAUAGAAAUGAUAAUUCGGCUCGCUCCGGACGCCAUCACUUGCUCUCUUGAUUGUGAUGCCGAAUUGAUAGCGAAUUUGAAUGCCUCAAAGGGAUAUACACGGAUUAUUGGUACUGUCUGUGAAGUAGCCCCUGUGGGUUGCUCGCGCAGACUUCUAUCUCCUGCGGCAAUCUGUCACCAAGCCCAAAAAUUGAAAAUUGACACUAUAUGUGUAACCGGUCAAUCGGUGUCAAUAAUGGAUCAUAAUACCUGUCUCUGUUUUUCGCAGAAUAUCGCAGAGAUCUUGAACAUUCCCGUCAUUGCAUACAAUACCGGAUCCCUAGGCAGGUCGUCAGUCUGCUUAAACCCUACUUUAUCGCCAGUAGUCUUGCGCUCGAUACAAUCUGAGGGUGUUACUGUCCAAGAAGCGCAACAAGCACUGAGCUCCUGCUUCCUGAAACCCAGAAAAGACUUUACCAUCUUCGGCCAGAUUGUGAAACAUAGUAUUUCACCAGCGAUGCAUAAUUUAGCUUAUUCGGUUUGUGGACUACCCUACCAGUAUCACACCCUUCAGACAGAAAACUUUGCAGACAUUCACGAACUUUUGAAUGAUGAAAAUCAUGCUGGUGUCGCAAUCUCCCUUCCAUACAAGUCUGCAAUUUUACCUUUUCUCGACGAGACCAGUCCAGAUGCCAAGGACAUCAAUGCUGUGAAUACAGUGGUCAUGGAACAAAGACAUCGCUCCAAUGGAGAGCCUUUCAUAUAUCGAAAAGGCUACAACACUGAUUACAUAGGAAUCAGAAAUUGUAUUUACAAGCAUCUCUCCCCCGCAAAUGCGGUACGUGAUGGGACGACUGCUUUGAUUGUUGGCGCCGGAGGAAUGGCCCAUGCUGCAGUCUACUCUUGCUAUGAACUAGGAGUUCAGCAAAUUUGCAUUUACAACCGAACAUCGGAGAACUCGCAGAAACUCGCAGAUUACUAUAAUAAUUGGGCAGCAUCCAAACCUGAUACAAAGCUUCAGCUGACCGUGCUCCAUGCAGAAGACGAUUGGCCAGCACAUCUUCGCCUCCCUACUAUUGUUGUGGCUUGCAUUCCACCAUUUCAAAUCGAUAACCGACAACCUGUGGCUUUCCAGAUAUCAGAAAAAUGGUUACAAAGUCGAACAGGAGGUGUGUUUGUCGAGAUUGCAUACGGCCCUUUUCUCACUCUACUCACGGAGCAGAUGUCACCUCGAAAAUCAAAAGGAUGGGUAGUGGUAGAUGGGCUCAAAGUUCUCCUUGAGCAGGGUAUUGCUCAAUAUGAACUUUUCACUAAAAGGCCUGCCCCAAUCCACGUGAUGCGCCGUGCUAUCCAGGAAGAGGCUUUACGGCUUGGAUAUGUCCAUGAGUAA